AUGGAUAUCGAACUACCCUCUCCGCCGGCUGUAAGUGCUUUGCGAGAAUCAUUUGGUGAUCGAAAGCCACCCGAUAUUACUCGCAAAAUCACUGCUUGUGUAGCAUGUCGAAAGCAAAAGGUCAAAUGCCAUAUGCGGGAGGGUCAGAUGCCAUGUUCGCGGUGCAAGAAGAGAGGUCUCCCUUGCAGCGUGAAUCGAAGCCUACAAACAUUACUAGAAGACGAUGUCACAUGGAAAGGCGCAGUGGUACAAAAGAUGCGGCUGCUAGAAGAGGCUGUUGCAAAGAUUGCUGCCAAAGUUGACGUAUCCGAGUUGCAAGCUGUGCAAGCUGCUCCUGGAAUACAAGAUGGUUCUUCGAGUCCACCUGCUGAAGCUAUCAAUGAAGAAGUUAUCACGCGGGAAGUCUCCACCUCAAGUCAAACAUCUCAGCCAAAAGAGAACAUUGAGCCAUCACAGACAUGGGAAGUGGUAAUGGAUCCUCGGGGCGGUCCAGCUUCUAUUCCAGCAUCUUGUGUCUCAGAAAGUGGGAAGGCAGGUCUACCAAACAAUUCAUCAACUUCCCGUCGUCCAGAUUUGAUAUCCACGGGACUUAUCUCGUUACGCCAAGCUGUUGCAUUAUUCGAGACAUAUCAUCUCAGACUUGAUCAUUUUCUUUAUCGAAUCCUUGGCGAUCAUAUUAGUUUGGACUCGGUUCGACUCGCAUCCCCACUGUUAACAACGGCCGUUUGUACUGUGGCUGCUUUGCAUUCCCACUCCCUCGGCCAUCUCUUUGAAACCUGCUAUGCUGAAUAUAAGAACCUUAUCGCGGCCCAAAUUUUCUCAACAAACGUGAAUGAAGAUGACGUCCGUGGCUUGUGUGUUGGCGCAUUUUGGUUACACGGGCUGUCUUGGGCCUUGAUCGGAAACGCUGUCCGCAUUGCAUCGGAUAUUAAUCUUCAUAGUGGUAUCUAUAAAGCCCUCAAAGGAGACCGGGAUGGUUAUCUUCAAGCUAGACUAUACUAUCUCGUCUAUGUCUGCGACCACCAUUUUUCCAUCGCCUAUGGUCGACCUCCGAUGUCCAGAGAAGGCUUUAUAAUCGAGUCGGCUAGUCGACUACUAGAAACUGAACACGCCACAGAGGAUGAUGCUAGAUUAAUCAGCCAAGUCAAGGAAUGGUCAAUCCUGGGCCGAGUUUUUGACACCUUCGGGGUUGACGUUGAUACUCCUAUUUCGCCUCCAACACUGCCUUUACUACGUCGAUACUCCAUUUCUUUGGAUACGUGGUUUGCAGAUUGGAACGAAAGCUUCAAAAUGAACCAAAAUGUCGGGAAUUAUCCACAAAAGGGUGUUAGUUUUCACUUCCAUUUUGCAAAGCUAUACCUUUGCUCGCACGCCUUCCGUGGUGUGCCGAUAUCAGAGGUUUCACCUCAAUACAUGUCGUCUGAACUAGAGGAGAUCGCCAAUUCCGGCGUAUUGUCAGCUAUGUCAAUCCUUCGGAUGAUUGUCAGUGAUGCCGAAUUUCGAUCCUUCAUGAAUGGACUUCCUUUAUAUUUCGAUACGAUGCUCGCCUUCGCCGUUGUCUUUCUCCUCAAAGUUGCCACGAAGUAUGCAUUCAUGAUCAGAAUUGAUACGGUCAAGAUCCUUUCCCUGGUCACUGAGACUGUUGCUGCCCUUCAGGAUAUCACCCAAUCUAUGCAUAAACACCAUAUCCUCGUGGUCAUUAGCAAAGGCUUGGAACGGCUGUUGAGUAGAUGCCAGAUGCCCACUCACACAGUCCACGAAACAAUGCAUCAUUCUUCUUCUGCUCAGGAACAGCCGCCAGUCUUUGAUGCAAUUUGGAUGGAAAACAUGGCAAGCUUUGAUUUUCAAACCAACUUUCCUGAUAUGGACGACUGGUGGCUGCAUUAUAAUACAUCGAUGGGACCCCCUCUCUGUCCAGAGACAUCGAGAUAG